UGGUCAAAUGACUAGGCAUUCAUCUCAUCGCCUAGUAUUUCCCCGCCUUAUCUCUGAUUAUUGGAAAUGCAUGCUCUGCUCAGCAACGGUGCUAAUGGGCACGCUGGUAGCUCGAGGUGUCCAUAAAUUGCCUCGCUGCCUGCAAAAAUGUGGCGUGCACUGCUACCGUGCUGUUACCUGAACGAUAGCACCUGUAUUACAAUUUGAAAGCAGAACGCAAUCCGGACACCUGGAUCUAAGAAUCAUCGCCUUUUACCCUGCAAGCCCCAAGAUACCUCUAUAUCUUCGGCAGCAGCUCUAAGAACACCUCGCAGCUCUCUGUCCGAUAUCUAGCUCUUGAACCGAUCUUUCAUCUCUUGUCCUACCGACAUGCCUUCCAUCGUCGUCACUCGAGCUUCACCUACCACUAUUGUACCUCAUUAUUCCUCCGGACAUAGUUCGCAUAGUUCGCAUAGCUCUCUGUCUUCUACCUCCACUCAGGACGGAACCAAGGAAUAUCGGGUGGAGCUGGAGGAACGCCGCCGACGCACGGUCUUCGUCACUUCAAGUGUGCCACCAGAACAGUGGGAAACCCGCGAAAUCCUUGAUAUAGCCGAUAUUGAGGAGGAGAACGAGAAGAAUUUCGAAGGAGAUUUUUCUGCGACGGUGCAUCGAAGUAAGUCUCUCUCAGAGAGGACCCGUGUCAUUGGUGCCACAGUAAUAGAUUCGACACGUUCUCGGUCUGCACAAGAUCUUCCCAGUAAUGACAAACCUCAGCAUCGUCACUCUCCCCAAACCUCCUCCCGCUACCAAAGUCGUCGCGCGAGCCUUAAGCCCAGCGACGCUCUUUCCUCCGCCGCAGCAACUUUGAAUCGCAUGUCCGUGAUGCCUAACACGCCUCCGAAUUCACCUGCAGUUUGGAAGCCUAAUCACUCAAUUGCAAGGACCAAUCUGUCUCCUAAUGCACAUGGGCCGAGGCCGACGACGAUGGCAGUAGCGAUAGCCCCACGUCCACGAGUUCUUUUUUACCACAAACACCAUCCUCAUUACGGGUUCACUAAUUUUUCCCCUCAUCCGGUCAUCUAUAAGGGCAAGAGGUACCCCACUAGUGAACAUUUAUUUCAAUCGUUCAAGUUCCAUGGUCACCGACCUCUUAUCGCGGAACACAUCAGAACUUGCGGUGAACGGCCUAGCAUAGCUUUUUCUGAGGCACGUCGAUUCCAGUCAGAGGUCAGGCCGGAUUGGAAGAAGAUUAACGUGGAGAAGAUGGACGUAGCCCUUUACCACAAAUUCACCCAACAUCCUGAUCUAAUGAAUGAAUUGCUCGCCACCGGCAAUGCGGAGCUCGUCGAGGAUUCAGACAAAGACGCGUUUUGGGGGAUCGGCGCUGAUCACCGUGGAAGAAACGAAUUGGGAAAGGCUCUCGAAAGGCUGAGAGAGCAAUUCCGUGCCGAUUAGGGACCGACCGGGUAUCAUAUUUCAUGGCAAUUUCUCUCCCUUCGUAGUGUAAUUUUUUUGUUUUGCUUUGUACGAUAUAGCUGUAAUUGUCUGGGUCAUAGUUGUGUUGAUACGCACUUUUCGUGAAGAACGGUCGUUCUUAUCCGGCUACGCCUUUCUGCCAUCAAGAAGAGAUGGGACUAGAAUCUCUUGAACCCACGCAACGACUUGACCCAAAACCGGCUCGGCCUUCUAUUUGGACAUUAUAAAAGCGGCGAUGAGAGGGUUUAAGACCAAUCGCUUU